ACACAAUAGAACGCAAGGCUUACACGGGAAUAAGCUGUAAGUAGCCUUAGCUGCGGUUGCUGCCGGCGGCCCCAGCGGUAUCCGGUAACAUGGCCGCCACCCUCCUGCACUGAGGACAGUUAUUAUUUUCUCCUCCGGAUUUCCUGAUAGUGUUCUGUCCGAUGCUCGUCACCUGACGCUGCAACCACAGAUGCUGUGUAACAGGUUGAUCAUAAUACUCUUUAUGCAGAAUUACAGAGUUUAUAGGUGUUUCAACACAAAAAUAUUUUUUGUAGUGAAGAAGACAUCCGGUGAGUGUGAGACCCCCAGAAGCUGUCCCUAUGGGUCAGGAGAACUGAGCCUCCACCUCACUCACUGAUACAUGAGAGAGACAAUGACCAGAAGAUCCUGGAACUCACCAACAAGAUCAUUCAGCUGCUGACUGGAGAGGAGCGGAAGUAUAUAGAGGAACACAAGGGUCUGUAUGAGGAUGUGAUGAUGGAGAAUCACUGUCCCCUCGCAUCACUGGAUGGAUCCAGUAACAGAAAUACCUCAGAGAGAUGUCCUCAUCCUCUUUGUUCAGAAGAUUAUACAGAGGAAAAUCACAGGACCACACAAGAGUAUCAGGAUGAAGGCCACUUAAAUAAUAUUAAGGUUGAAGAUAUAGAAGGAGAAGGAGAGACGUAUGUAACUGAUAUCAAGGCAGAAGGUAUAGAGGGAGAAGAAGAGAUAAAUGUCACUAAUAUCAAGGCAGAAGAUUUAGGAGAAGAGACAUAUUUCACUGGUUAUAAGGCAGAAGAAAUAGAGGGAGAAAAAGAGACGUAUGUGACUGAUAAAAAGGCAGAAGAUAUAGAGGGAGAAGAAGAGACAUAUGUGACUGGUAUCAAGGCAGAACAUGUAGAGAGAGAAAAAGAGAUGUAUGUGACUGAUAUCAAGGCAGAACAUAUAAAGAGAGAGGAGACGUAUGUGACUGAUAUCAAUGCAAAAGAUAUAGAGAGAGAAGAAGAGACAUAUGUCACUAAUAUCAAGGCAGAAGAUAUAGAGGGAGAAGAGACCUAUUUCACUGAUUAUGAGGCAGAAGAAGAUACGCAUGUCACUGAUAUCGAGACAGAAGAUAUAAAGAGAGAAAAAGAACCGUUUGUGACAGAUAUCAAGGCAGAACAAAUAGAGGGAGAAGAAGAGACAAGUGUGACUGAUAUUAAGGUAGAAGAUAAAGUGAGAACAGAAGAGACAUUUGUGAUGGGUGACCAGCAAUGUAAGGAGGAGGAAAUCCCUACAGAUAUCAACACAGAUGGAAACAAAGCAAGGAAUACCUUGGAGGGAAAUCUCGUUUGGUCCCCAGAUUGUAAAUCAGAAGAUAAGAACAUCACGCAAGGGUCUCCAGAAGAAAACCGCAUUACCCUUAAUAUACAUCCAGCACCUCACAGUGCAGAGAUAUCUGAUCCCCCUGUUCUUGAGGAAUGUUCUGGUAACUCACAUAUUGCUGCACAUUGUACAAAUCAUGGUGGUGAUACAAUCAUUUCUUCUUCUGAAUGUGGGAAAUGUGUUACACAUAAACUAACUCUUGUUAGACAUAAGAAAACUCAUACAGGUAAAAAGACAUUUAAAUGUUCUGAGUGUGAAAAAUGUUAUACACGUAAAUCGAAUCUUGUUACACAUCAAAGGCUUCAUACAGGUGAGAAGCCAUUUCCAUGUUCUGAAUGUGGGAAAUGUUUUAGACUUAAAUCAGCUCUUAUUAGACAUGAGAGAUGUCAUACAGGUGAGAAACCAUUUCCAUGCUCUGAGUGUGGGAAAUGUUUUAGGCAGAUAUCAACUCUUGUCGAACAUCACAGAAGUCACACAGGUGAGAGGCCAUUCCCAUGUUCUGAGUGUGGGAAAUGUUUUACACGUAAAUCGCGUCUUAUUACACAUCAGAGAUGUCACACAGGUGAGAAUUUACUUACUUGUUCAGAAUGUGGGAAAUGUUUUACACAGAAAUUAGAUUUAGUUAUACAUCAGAGAAGUCACACAGGCGAGAGACCAUUUCCAUGUUCUGAGUGUGGGAAAUGCUUUACACAUACAUCACAUCUUGCUAGACAUCAAAGACUUCACACAGGUGAGAAACCAUUUCCAUGUUCAGAGUGUGAGAAAUGUUUUACACGUAAAUCACAUCUUAUUACACAUCAAAGACUUCAUACAGGUGAGAAGCCAUUAACAUGUUCUGAGUGUGGGAAAUGUUUUAGACAGGAAUCAGCCCUUAUUACACAUGAGAGAAUUCACUCAAGUGAGAAGCCAUUUACCUGUUCUGAGUGUGGGAAAUGUUUUACACUGCAGUCAAGUCUUGUUAUGCAUAAGAGAAGUCACACAAGUGAGAUAACGUUUCCAUGCUCUGAGUGUGGGAAAUGUUUUAUACAAAAAUCACAUCUUGAUAGACAUCAAAAACUUCACACAGGUGAGAAACCUUUUCCAUGUUCGGAGUGUGAGAAAUGUUUUGCACGUAAAUCACAUCUUGUUACACAUCAAAGACUUCAUACGGGUGAGAAGCCAUUUCCAUGCUCUGUGUGUGGGAAAUGUUUUAUACAAAAAUCACAUCUUGUUAUACAUGAGAAAAGUCACAUAGUUGAGAACCAGCUACUGUGACAGCAGAAACUCACAGUUAUAUUUCCUUGAGUUGAUAUUCAUGAAACCAUGUUGCAUUCAUAAUUUAUAUACACCAAUCAGCCAUAACGUUAAAACCACUGACAAGUGAAGUGAAAAAAAUAUUGAUUUCUCAUACGUCCUAGAGGAUGCUGGGGACUCCGUAAGGACCAUGGGGUAUAGACGGGAUCCGCAGGAGACAUGGGCACACUAAAAGACUUUGACUGGGUGUGAACUGGCUCCUCCCUCUAUGCCCCUCCUCCAGACCUCAGUUAGACUCUGUGCCCAGGAGUGACUGGACACACACUAGGGGAGCUCUACAGAGUUUCUGUAAAGACUUUGUUAAGUUUUUUAUUUUCAGGGAGACCUGCUGGCUACAGGCUCCCUGCAUCGUGGGACUGAGGGGAUAGAAGUCAGACUACUUCUUCUUAGUUCUAGGGCUCUGCUUCUGCUUCUUAGGCUACUGGACACCGUUAGCUCCAGAGGGUUCGAUCACUUGUUGCGCCUAGCUGCUUGUUCCCGGAGCCACGCCGUCAACCCCCUCACAGAAGCCAGAAGAAAGAAGCCGGGUGAGUAUUAGAAGAACAGAAGACUUCAGUGACGGCAGAAGACUUCAGUAACGGAGGUACAGCGCAGCGGUCGCGCUGCUCUCCAUGCUCCCACACACAAACGGCACUCACUGGGUGCAGGGCACUGGGGGGGAGCGCCCUGGGCAGCAAUUUACUGAUCGUCUCUACACUGGCAUAAGUCGCAUAUUCGGUGCCCGGGCACCGUGUACCAUACCCCCGCCAGUAUGAAGCAGCGGUCGCGCUGCGCGCCAUUGCUCCCACGCCGACUGCACUACAAGGUCGCAGGGGGGGGGGCGCCCUGUGCAGCAGUAUAUACCCUUUUUGAGGGUGGCAGCGAAUGUAUACAGUGUAUCGACACUGUAUAGGGACCCCCACCGGCAUAAAAGAAGCUAUAUUGAUAGCGGGCUGAAGCGCGCCGAGAAGGGGCGGGGCUUAGCCCUCACAACACGAUUCAGCGCUUUUUUUCUCCAUGUUCCCUCCAUAACAAUGGAAACAGUGCAAACGUGGGGGGGGCACAGUGUUUAGUGCUAUAUAGACGACUAUAUAACACUAUUUUAGAUAAAUGGGCUUGUAAUCUGUGUGUUGUGCAUAUAUCUCUGUGUGUUCCCUGUCAGAUACCCACUAUAGCUUUUUAGUCGACAUAUGUCGACAGGCGUGAGUGCUCUGUCACAAACAAGUUAUGGGGAUCACUGUCGGCAUCGCCGACGCCUGUUGGUACUUGAUUCAGUAGAUGCAGUGUCAGCAGGUCGGUAAUUGUUUGCUUGGCAAAAGUAAACACUGUAGGGGAGACACAGUAGUAUGUGGGGGACCCUGUCGGCACCAACUGUUAUUACUGAGUGUAAAUUAACAUGCUGUAACUGCCUUAUACCUGUAUAUAUAUUUAUAUGUAUAUGUAUGGUACGGUUCCUUGGGCCUGUAGCUCGAGCACAAAUAUGGUAGUAUGUGUUGGGGAGUGUUAUUAAAAUUAUAUAUGUAUACUUCCCUUGGACCUCUCGGGGUCACCAGAAGGUUAUUUUGCCUGGUUACUACUCCCUGCUGUCGACGAUUACUAGGUUUUCUGUCUACCAUAAGGUUUCCUGUUAGAUCCACAACUGGGGCUUUCAGUACAUGGUCAUACUCAUUCAGAACACAUUAAUAUUUAGGAUAUGUGUGUAAUUGUGUAUUACAUUAUGUAUAUUCAUAUUAUGAUUUCUAAUGAAUGCUGUAGUAAUAGUAUUCCUUCUCAUGUGCUGGUUGCUCUGUUGAUAAAGCUCUAGGUCGGCCGUGACGAGUUGGUCUCAGAUCCUCUCAAGGAGUCCGAAUGUUUAUUCUUUUCCCGACGCAGAUAGAAUACUGUGAAAGUCAACUCCUGGUCAACACGGGGACCUGUCGCAAAGGAUCGUAUACAGGAAGCUAAGUGAUAUUUUAUUUCUAUGCUUUGGGCUUAUUUGCAUUACAUGCACAUGAGGGAGUGUUUAUAUUCGGAAAAGCAUCCGAUAGAAUUACCCUAAAGAGAGAGGGGAUGUUCCUUAUGUUGAUUCUUCUCUAUAACAUUGCGGCAGGCUGCCGUGCGUAUACAAGAGGUGUGGCCGCGGGAAUGCUGAGGCUGACUCCGAGAGAUACUGGAGUUUUUCCCUGUGACGGUGUACCGCUGUUUGGGGAUGCCUCAGUUCAGUCAAUCUUGGUGGAUACUGCUGGUAAAUCUAACUUUGUGAGUUAGUCUCCUUCACAACGGUUGGUGACGCAUUCUUUUGUGGGAUGCAGUCGUUUUAACCGGUUCGAUAUCGUUCUUUUUUCCUUUUCUGUGCAGACAGUGGAAGGUGAAAAGGUAAGAGUUCUGCAGCCUUGUGAGGUUCGCAGAAGCGGAUGUCGUUUUCUGUUUCUACCACAUCCACCACAUGUCGCUGAGUCUAUCUGGCUGGAGCCCACUCCGGUGGAAACUCGUCUACUACUUUUCAGUCAGUCCGGGAAUAGACUAGGAUCUGUGAGUUAAUUAUAGAAUCCAAAGGGGGACAUUCUGGCAUUACAGAUGUUUCCCCUCACUGAUUUUUCUAAUAGAUCUUGCCGUUUCCCCUCUGGAAGGGGAGGUAGUAUGCAACGCCAUACCAGAGGUGCGUCAGGUUCAGGGAAUUGUCCUGCUGUCCCUGUUUUAAAAAACAAAACAAAAAAAAAACGAAGAGGUUUAAAUACGUUGAUCUCCGCAUUUAGUUACCUGGGUGGAUAUCCAGGAUUGUCUUUGCCAUUUCACCGGAGUGAUGGCAGUGGGAUGGUAUUCUUUCAAUAGUAAGAGCCAUUGUUGUUCUGUACUUGGACACUCUCCUGAUCAAGGCGAGGUCAAGACACAAGUGGUGUAAAUCGUUGUUUUCUCUCUGACUGUUCUUCAACACAGGAGAAGGCUGUUGUUCCCAACGACGCAGGCGUCGGAGGUGGGUAUCAGAGUAGAUACGGAACGGUUGAAGUUCUGUGUGUUCCUGUGGAAAGAGAUCUGAGGAUCCGUAGUCGGAUCAGAUUUGCAGUGACAAUCCAUCAAUAUGUUCCAUUGAUGAAGAAGAUCGAUGCAGCCUAAGAGGCCUUUUCGGUGAGCAGGUCAAAUGCCCGACUGGUUUUCACGGGGCCAGUUGGAAAUGUGGUCCGGGUCUCACCUGCACAUGCGCCGGAAUAUAAUCCUAAUGGCCAGGUUUUCGCUCCUGUGGUGUCUGCUCAGUUCUCACCUCCUAGAGGGACGAAGGUUCGGAAUACAGGAUGAGAUCCUGGUGUCCAUGCAUGCAGAUCUCCGAGACUGGGGAGCAGUCCGUGCAAUGGAAGUAUUUCCAGAGGAAAAGUUCAAGCUGGGAAGCUUGUCUGCAAUAAGCUUUCUUGAAUUAAGAGCUAUUUUCAAUGAACAUAUGCUUCGUGAUCUGCCCGUGUUAAUUCUGUCGGACGACUUGACAGCAGUGGUGUAAGUAAGCCGCUAGGGCAGAACAAGGAGCAAAGCGGCAAUGGCAGAUGCGGAAAAAAGUUUUCCGCUGGGUGGAAAGACUGGUAAACGCUAUAUUAGCAGUCUUCAUUCCGGAUGUGAACGAUGGAGACUUGGAUUCCUCUGCAGACGUGAUCUCCAUCCGGGAGAAAUACGGUCGUCAUCGAGAAGUUUUCACUGAAGCGACAAGUCUUUGAGGAGUGCCUCAAUCGGACAUGUUGGUGUCUCGCCUCAACGAGAGAUAUCAGUGAUAUUGUUCCAGGUCAGAAGACACUCAAGCUAUAGCAGUGGACGUCCUCGGGGCACCUUGGGUGUUUGCAGUUGGUCUAUGUGUCCCCUUUGUUUUCACUCUUCUGAAGGUGAUAAACGUAAGAAGAACAAAGGUUCAGGUGAUCCUCAUUGUUCCGGUCUAAACGAGGAGGGCUUGGUAUCCGGUUCUUCAGGAUCUACUCUUAGAAGAUCCCUGGCCUCUUCCUCUACGUGAGGAACUGUUACAACAAGAUCCGGGCGUGUAUCAAAACUUACCGUGGCUGCGUUUGACGGCGUGGCGGUUGAACGCCUGAUCCUAACCAGAAAGGAUAUUCCCAGUGAAGUCGUUUCCACACUUCUUCGGACUAGAAAAGAAGUAACGGCAAUGCCUUACCACCGUGUUUGGAGAAAAUGUGUGUCUUGGUGUGAAUCCAAGAAGGCUACUACGGAAGAUUUCAGCUGGGUCGUUCUUCUCCAUUCUUUGCAAGCCGGUGUGGGUGCAGGCCUAAAGUUAGGCUCCAUUUCAGUGCGGUUUUGGCCUUAUAAAUUUUCUUUCGAGAAAAAAUUGGCAACCUUUCCGGAAGUUCGGUCCUUCGUGGAAGGAGUACUGCACAUCCAACCUCCAUUUGUGCCCCCAUUGGUACCGUGGGACCUUGACGUGGUGUUGCGUUUUCUUGUGUCAAAAUGUUUGGAACCUUUAUGAAAGGUUGUGUUAAAAAUUCUCUCUUGGAGAGUGGUCAUGCUUUUGGCUUUGGCGUCCGCAGGGCAGAUGUCGGAAGUAGCGGCUGGGUCUCACAAGAGCCCCUGUUUGAUCUUCCAGGUGGAUAGAGCGGAAUUGAGAACUCGGAUAAUAGUUCGGCCAACGGUGGUUUCGGUGUUUCGCAGAAACCUGCCUACUUGAUGCCUGUGGUUGCUUAAGCAUUGGCUGAUUCAAGGUCUCUCGAUGUAGUCUGGGCUUUGAAUAUUUAUGUCGCCAGUUUGGCUCAGAUUGGGGAAAAAGAGGCUCUGUUUGUCCGGUAUGCCCCAGCGUGAUUGGGGCGCCUGCGUCUCUGCAGUCUCUUACACGCUAGAUCUGUGAUACGAUUCGGCGUGCUUGUUCUACGGCUGGAUUGCCGUUACUGAAGUCGGUGGUGACCCAUUCUACUAGGUAGAUGGGCUCUUCUUGGGCGGAUGCCCGAGGAGUCUCGCCGGUUCAACGUUGCAGAGCGGAUACUUGGUCGGGUUCAAACACUUUGGCUAAGCUAUAUAAGUUUGAUACCCUGGCUGAUGGGGACCUCAUGUUUGCUCAAUCGGUGCUGCAGAGUCGUCCGCACUCUCCCGCCCGGUCUGGAGCUUUGGUAUAAUCCCCAUGGUCCUUACGGAGUCCCCAGCAUCCUCUAAGACGUAAGAGAAAAUAAGAUUUUAAACCUACCGGUAAAUCUUUUUCUCCUAGUCCGUAGAGGAUGCUGGGCGCCCGUCCCAGUGCGGACAUAUUUCUGCAAGGCUUGUAUAUAGUUGUUGCUUACAUAAGGGUUAUGUUACAGUUGGGAUCAGUCUUUGGCUGAUACUGUUUUGUUCAUACUGUUAACUGGUUGCGUAUAUUCCAUGUUAUACGGUGUGGAUGGUGUGGGCUGGUAUGUAUCUCGCCCUUAGAUUAACAAAAAUCCUUUCCUCGUACUGUCCGUCUCCUCUGGGCACAGUUUCUCUAACUGAGGUCUGGAGAAGGGGCAUAGAGGGAGGAGCCAGUGCACACCCAUUGUAAAGUUCUUUGUAGUGCUCAUGUCUCCUGCCGAGCCCGUCUAUACCCCAUGGUCCUUACGGAGUCCCCAGCAUCCUCUACGGACUAGGAGAAAAAGAUUUACCGGUAGGUUUAAAAUCUUAUUUUCGUCAAUUUAUGUCAAACAGGUGUAAAA